GGGAUUACCUUCUAUUUCCUUACUAAAAAGGUUUAAAAGUUGCAGAGAGAGCCAGCAAGUGUAAGACGGAGCGUGAGAGGAGGAGGCGUCUUCCCGGGUCUCUGUUAUUAUCCUUGACAGCUUGCACUGUGCAUGAUAUCUUCUCUUCCGACUGUCAAUAGCUCGCUCAGGUUGUGGCACUCCCUACAACAGAAAGUUUCACUUGUUGCCGGGUCGAUUAGAGUUCUACGCACAAAGGAGGGACGAGAAUCCAUGGAGGGUGUAGCUCAUUCUGCUGCGUCUUCUGCUGCUGAUUUACCUGCUAAGAGGCCGAGAGGAGAUGAGGCUGCGGUCGCGAACAACGGGAAUGGCGUUUCUGUCCAGAUGGAGAACGGGAAAGAGCCCCGCUGCAUCUCCUCUGUCAUUCCCGGCUGGUUUUCUGAGAUUAGCCCAAUGUGGCCAGGAGAGGCACACUCCUUGAAGGUAGAGAAGAUCUUAUUUCAAGGAAAAUCCGAGUAUCAAAAUGUUAUGGUAUUCCAGUCAUCAACCUAUGGAAAGGUUCUUGUGUUGGAUGGAGUGAUUCAACUCACAGAGAGGGAUGAAUGCGCAUACCAAGAAAUGAUUGCACACCUUCCUCUUUGCUCAAUUCCAAACCCCAAGAAGGUCUUGGUGAUUGGAGGAGGAGAUGGUGGUGUUCUGCGAGAAGUAUCUCGCCAUUCUUCAGUUGAACAGAUAGAUAUAUGUGAAAUUGAUAAAAUGGUUGUGGAUGUUUCCAAGCAAUUUUUCCCAAACCUAGCAGUUGGUUAUGAUGAUCCUCGUGUAACCCUGCAUAUUGGUGAUGGAGUGGCAUUUUUGAAGACUGCUGCAGAAGGUGCUUAUGAUGCGAUCAUAGUGGAUUCUUCCGACCCAAUUGGACCUGCAAAAGAGCUUUUUGAGAAGCCAUUCUUUGAGUCAGUAGCAAGGGCUCUCCGCCCAGGGGGAGUUGUGUGCACCCAGGCAGAAAGCAUAUGGCUUCAUAUGCACAUUAUUGAAGACAUUGUUGCUAACUGCCGUCAAAUAUUCAAAGGCUCUGUUAAUUAUGCAUGGACAACAGUUCCUACAUAUCCAAGUGGUGUGAUAGGUUUCAUGCUUUGCUCCACCGAGGGGCCACCAGUUGAUUUCAAGCAUCCAGUGAACCCCAUAGAUGUGAACGGGGAGAAUGUAGGAACUAAAGGACCCUUGAAGUUUUACAACUCGGAGAUCCAUUCUGCGGCUUUCUGUUUGCCAUCUUUCGCGAAAAAGGUGAUUGGUCCAAGAUCAAGUUAGAGAACUGCUAAAUAUUGACAAUCAGGAUUUAGCUAAUGCAGUUCAGCUCUGCAAUCAUCCUCAUUGAAUGCAUCUUGCCGCUUUGGAAUUAGCACCCCUUGGUAGUAGAACGCAUUGAAUCAAAGAGAGAUGUAAUAGGAGUUUUGAGAAAUUUAAAGAAUUAUUUUUAUCCCUCAUAUAAUGGAGUAAUGAUUUCUCAUAUCCGGAUGGCACAUUUUGUUAAGCACAUAAAGUUCCUAACAUGAAUUAUCGGUGUUGAAAUCACCCUCAUUUCUUUGUUGAAAUGUGAUGAAUUAUUGCUAC